AUGUCAAUCUAUAUGACCAGCGGAAGUACAUUUCAAGAUGGGAACUUUAUCAGCUUUUGGGGUAAUGUAAUGAAACAGCUGUAACAUUUUGUCUCAUGUCUUAAAAUGGGUUCUCAAGUGAAAGAUGUAAAACUUCCCCCUGAUUCGCCUACACAACUGCUUUUGAACAAGCACGCUGAUUUUAUUGCAGCAUACGGGAAGAAGAAAGACGACUAUGUAUGAGUACUGUAUUACAGAAUAUCUGCGUAUGAGUGGAGUGUAUUGGGGUUUGACAACAAUGUUCCUAAUGGAUAAGCAAGAUAUGAUGGAGAAAGAUGAAAUCAUCUAGUUUGUCAAGUCUUGCCAACAUGAAAAUGGUGGAUUUAGCGCCAGUCAUAACCACGACCCUCAUCUGUUGUACACUCUGAGUGCCAUUCAGGUUCUCUCACUUUAUGGAUGCAUUGAACUAAUUGAUGUCAAUAAGACAGUGGACUAUGUAUCAAGACUUCAGCAAGAUGAUGGAUCAUUUGUAGGGGACAAGUGGGGAGAAGUUGAUACAAGGUUCUCAUUUUGUGCUUUUGCUAGCUUAAAAUUGCUGGGUUUCCUGGAAGCAAUAGAUGUAACAAAGGCUGUCACAUAUGUGUUGUCGUGUAUGAAUUUUGAUGGUGGCUUUGGUUGCAGACCAGGAUCAGAGUCACACUCAGGGCAGAUUUAUUGUUGUCUGGGAGCUCUUGCCAUAGCAGACUCUCUUCAUCAUGUAAAUGCUGAUAUGUUAGGAUGGUGGCUUUGUGAGCGACAGCUGCCAUCUGGUGGUUUAAAUGGUCGUCCAGAGAAACUCCCGGAUGUUUGUUACUCAUGGUGGGUGUUGGCAUCACUCAAGAUCAUUGGAAAAUUACACUGGAUAGAUAAGGAGAAAUUAAAGAAUUACAUUCUUGCCUGUCAGGACGAAGAGACGGGCGGAUUUGCUGAUAGACCGGGUGAUAUGGUUGAUCCGUUCCAUACACUGUUUGGUUUAGCAGGUUUGUCUUUGUUGGGAUCCUCCGAAGUUAAACCGGUCAAUCCUGUUUACUGUUUACCUGAGGAAACAAUUGAAAGUUUAAACAUUCGACCUGAACUUCUAGCGUGAGUGUUGAACGCGGACUUCGUCAGCAGUGUACACGUCGAGUAUACGUCAUCAAAGCGUAUCCAGCUUACCAAGUGGAGAGAAAAUGGGGGAGGAAUUUUCUACAGUCAUGUGAAUAGAAUUCAUCAGACAAUAAGCUAGAAAAAGGAUGAAGAUAUACCCAUAAUUUCUUGAAUUUUUCAAAGGCCAGGCCUUAAAGUUCUAGGCCAUCCCGUACGCUAUCGUAUCAUCAAGAAGUCGUUGCACUGCCAUAAUAAUUGAAAGGAGAAAUGAAUAAAGGGGAUAGGUUUCUAAAGAAAUUGUGGUGUUGCGUUGGUGUGGAAGUAUAACGAGGUAAUUUUGGUUUUAUCAACUGGGUUGAUAAUGGUAAAUUGGCCACCGUAAAGAGUUUUAAAGUUUUCAAAGAAAAUUGUUUAUUAAUUUAAAGGAGGCUCACCAGAAGCUUAUUAAACUCACCUCAGCCAGGAUUGUGUAAACUUGGUUAUGAAGUUUGCCGUUAAAAUAGUCAGAUUAGUUUACAAUAAUGAAACUGCAUGACAAAGAAGUCCUUUUCGUCUACUGGGCUUCCGCUAUUUCAUCACUUUUUCUUCUUUUUUACUUAGAAAAUAUCGUUUGUUUUAGUUUUCUAAUUUUUCUUAGCGAAAUCCCUCGCAUGAAUUUAUAAGAAAGAGUUUCGGAGUUAUAUGCCUGAGAAAUUUCAAGCUGCCAAAAGAUACCUUUCUCAUAGCGAGUUUUUUAAAAAUAUUUUCCUUAAAUGGAAACCAUCUUCAUUACCUGUAGUUCUUUUCAUCUCAAAGCUUUCCUGUUAUCUUGUAGAUGUUUGGUGCAUACAGUAAUUCUUCGACGAGAUGUUCGCCAUUUUUCGAAAACAAUGCGAAGUCGAAUAAUGCGCUCUGUAAAUAUUGAUGAUUUAUCCAACAGGAAUAUUGUGAGCAGAGAUUAGAGCGCAAAGCUGUUUUGAGAAUAACAAUGACUGCAAGAUGACAAAUUCUCAGGCGUACAAGAACAGUUGAAAACCAACAGCUGUAGAUACAAAGACGCGUUCACCUGGAGUGAUAAUUUCAUUUUCUGAAAAUUACAUCCUGCACUGGAUUAGCUCUGUUAUUUUUAUGAAUUGCGAUAUCCGCAAGAGAAUUGUAGAAAGAUCUGAUUGUUUGUGCUUUCAUUGAAAGUUAGGUGAAGGGAACUCUUUCAACUCCAAAAAA